UUUUUUUUUAGGAAAAAUUACACAAACAAAUGAGUGGGAAGAAAUUCCAAAUUCCAAAUCAAUGAAAGGACCUAAAAUAAUAACAAAGACAUGGUUUCUGGGACAUUUUUGCCCCUCUACUUCAUCUUCUCAAUCUUACACUUCCAAAAUCUCUUCCAUGCCUCUACAACCACCCUCCACUGCCAGCAGCACCAUCGACAACUACCACCCUCCACUGCCGGCAUCGCCAUCAACGACGUCAACCACCACCAUCAGAAGAGAGAAAAAAAAACGUAGGCCCAUCACUCCCCCUCCCCUGGACUCCCAGCCCCUCUGGGAAGCGAAUGAAAUCCAACUUCGGGGGUUCCCAGAAGCCUUGGAGAAAACCCAGCCCUCUCUGCUCUCAUCAGAUUGGCAAACUCUCUGGCCACAGAUGCAGCAGACCAUUGGAUGCAGCAAACUUAAGGAUAACAAGACAGAUGCGCAAUGUAAUUAGUUCAAGUUCCUAGAUGAAGAUGACGAGAAUGUGACCUCUACAAUUCGUUCCAAUACUCAACCUAAUAGAAGAUUCCGUGGGAUGGAAAUUUUCUUUUUAUUAUUAUUUUUACAUUUUGUUGCAUUUGAAGUAUUUGGUAUUCCAGAUGAAACCUAUGACAGCAUUUGGUUUUCUUGUUUGUACUUAAUGAAUGGAAGUUCCGAAAUAUAUAUAUAUAUAUAUAUAUUUUAAAUUUAACAAA